GCUUUUUACUGCUCCGGACAAAGGGUGGGGUAAUGGUGCAAGAAAGUGGUGUGAAAGCUGAAAAGGUGGGUGGAAGAAAGAGAGGGCGGGGACGUCCGCCAUGAAAACUCACGAGUCACGCGCGUGGGAGCAGUUGAUGCUGCCGCAACGGUCACUUUGCUGGCCUGCCCUCCCAUCACCAUCACCAGCAGCAGCAGAUCACCGCUCACCACUCCCUUGCUCCUCGAUCUCGCCCACCUCCCGACAUCUCCCCGCACAUCCAUGAAUUAAAACGUACAAGGAAUUCGACGAAACCGCAGCUUCCACGACCUUCUUAUUUUUCGUUUCCUCGUCCCGAAGACAGAGCUCGCGCAUUUUCUUGUUUCCACCCGCGGCUGCCUCGUCGACUAGUCGCGGUCUUGUGAGCUGCAAGCGUCGGCAUCACGAUGGGGAAGAAGCGGGCAGCCGUGGGCGCGGUGACCGCGCCCGUCUUCCCGUUCCCGGCGGCCAUCGGCGAGCAGGAACCCGCGCCGGACCACUUCAGCGACUACGGCUUCGACCCCCAGCUCAUACAGUACUUCUCUCAGCGUCAGGCGGAGCGGCCAUCGACCAGGCGCCACCACCAGCAGCAGCCGCCGCCGCUGGAAUCAGCGCGGUUCAAGCUCCAGAAGCCCAUCUCCAAGAAGCACCACCACCACCAGAAGCAGCAGCGCCGCCGGUGGUGGAGCUCCGCCGCCUCCGCCGCGCUCCUCUUUUUCAAGCGCCCGUCCACCAACCCCGCCGAAACCUCAGCUUCGCCCUGCGUCCCUCCGUCAGGCACCGCCGGGCCACUGUACCUCGCUGACGACGACGGUGGCAGCGGCAGGGACGACGCCGCCACGUGCACGUGCUGGGCGCCGGCCAUGUGGUCCGGCCACCUGGCCGCCGCCGAGCUCGACGCCGCGUCGAUGACGGUGCCCUACGUCAGCCUCAGAGACGCCAACCUCGGCGCCGGCGCCGGAGCAGCAGCAGCAACAGCCCCGGCGAUGCCCAUCUACCUCGUGACGUGAACCUUCUCCCGCUCCCGCCGGUCGCUCUGCCUUGCCGUUGCUUGCACCGUGUUUUCUAUGGUUUCCUCUCGAGAACCUUGGACCACAUGUCAGUGAAUAUUUUCAACGGCUGGCGGUAAGUGACUGAGACUAGUCGUCAAACGGUCAAAGUGCAAGUGUCUCUAGACUUCCACAGUUUCUCCAUUUUUUUACUCUUCCUCUUUGCAAGCGUGCAUUUUCAUUUAGUUGCUUUUCGAGGAUCGUUGCCUUGUUGGGUUUGCUUGAAAAGUCCA